UGUUUGGUUAGUUGGUGAUCUUUCGCUGAGAGCGCAGCAACACGCAGCAAGCUUCUCGAGUCCGCUGCCAAGGAAGAGCCCGAGUCCGAGAGUUUGCCCAAACUUCUCGUAUCUCCCAAUACCGUCUGUUUGUGCGCCUCCGUUCUGGCCUUUCGCGUCCAGGAAUAACACCCAACUCACCUAGGAAUUACAAGUUACAACCUUGCUAAACAAUCCGCGUACUCGAACCGCUUUUAAUUGCAUAAUUACAAGUUUUUCAAUAUACACCCAAGAGUGCUGCGAGUGCGAAAAUAAAAAGAAUAUACUACCCGCUGCUGAAUCAUCGCGUAUACACAGCGAGUCGUAUACAUAAAUCAGUUUUCAUAGCCUUCGCCCCGCGGCACACCGUCCACGUCAUCAACGAAAUAUAUUAACCAAAUUUUCAAAUCCAAAACUAUAACCGUAAACAAGUGCGAAGGAAGAGCGCCAAAAUGUCGAAGAAUAACGGAAAAGGCGCCAAGGGUGAAUUCGAAUUCCCGCAGCCAGCGAAGAAGCAAACACUCGGCGAGAUGAUCUACAAUCCACAGGAAGGAACAUUUUUCGGACGGACAGGGAAGAACUGGAGUCAGCUGCUGAUGUUCUAUUCCAUCUUCUAUAUCGUGCUGGCCGCCCUCUUCACCAUCUGCAUGCAAGGACUCCUGUCCACCAUCAAUGAUAGGGAACCAAAGUGGAAGCUGCACGAGUCGCUGAUUGGCACCAAUCCCGGCCUGGGUUUCCGUCCAUUGAGCGAACAGACGGAACGCGGAUCGGUGAUUGAGUUCAACGGCAAGAAGCCAGCCGAGAGUGACUACUGGAUCGAGUUGAUCGAUGACUUCCUCCGAGACUACAACCACACCGAGGGUCGGGAGAUGAAGCACUGCAACUAUGGUCAGACCCACGAGCCCAGCGAGGUCUGUGUGUUCAACACGGAUCUGUUUGGUGACUGCUCUAGGGCCAACAACUACGGCUACAAGGCGAACCAGCCCUGUAUAUUCCUCAAGCUGAACAAGAUCUUCAGCUGGACACCAGAGGUAUUUGAUGCGCCAGAGAAAGAUAUGCCUGAAGAUCUUAAGAAGGUGAUCAAUGGAACGGCAAUGGAGGAGCGCAAACAAAUCUGGGUGAGCUGCAACGGACACUUGAGCAAGGACAAGGAGCUCUUCCAGAACAUUAAGUACUUCCCCAGCCAGGGAUUCCCGGCCUACUACUACCCGUUCCUGAACCAGCCCGGCUAUCUCAGUCCCCUGGUCGCCGUGCAGUUCAUUUCGCCGCCCAAGGGCCAAAUGCUGGACGUUGAGUGCCGUGCCUGGGCCAAGAACAUCAUCUACAGUGGCAGUGCCCGCGAUCGCAAGGGGUCCGUGACCUUCCAGAUCAUCGUGAACUAAGCCCGAGGAACCGGGGCUCAAACUUGUGAUCGCAACAACUAGCCGUAUGCAGAGCGAAGAUAUGGCAACCGCGUCGGAGAUCAACUACCAUCUACCUAAUUAAAAGAGAUAUAUACACACGCAUAUAUAGUUAUAUAUGGAACGAGAUAGCGACCUUAGGUUUUCAAGUGUAUUGUAUAUAUUUAUAAGAGGAGAAUCAUUCGAACGUCAAUUUGAACUCUGAACAUCUGGCCCAAUAAUAAAACAAAAAAACAAAACUAAAAUAUAAAGUUCAAACCGUACAUCCGCAAUUGUUGUUAUAGCUUCUGGCUUGUCUAUUUGCUAUUAGUUAUUAAUAUUUAUCAUAUUAUUUCAUUACGAGUCCUUGUAAUUGCGAUCAUUAUUCUCCGUCACUUGUGUAUUUAGUUUGUAUUUAUAAAUGUUAUAGCAUGCCAGCCAAUUCUUUGUUUACUAUAAAAAGCCUAGCUCGUUUAAUUUUUACAGAGUAUUUAAAUAAAUUUCAUUGUUAAACCUA